CGGUAAAACCCAGUCUCAGCUCGCCCCUGAGGGAAAAGUCGGCGGCCCGGCAGAGCCUGCUCUCACCGCCUCGCCUCUGGCAGAGGCACCGCCCGCUCCCCGGAGGGAGCCAUGGCGGCGGGGGCCGUGCCGGAAGGGGCCGUGCCGGGCUGGGCUGGGCGGUGGCGCCCGGCAGCUCCGCGGACUCCAGAGCGAUGCUGCCACUGCUCCGUCGGGCUUGGGUGGCCGCUGCCACCGCCCCACGGUGGGGGACACGACGGUGCAGCCUGGGCGCCUGCUGCUCCUACCGCCUGCGAAACGCCCUGCACCCGCUUUGGCAGAGUCCGCUUACAAUUCCUGGAGGCACCCGACAGUCACCUAUCAAUAUCCAGUGGAGAGACAGCGUUUAUGACCCCUUUCUGAAGCCUCUGAAAAUCAGCUACGACCCGACAACAUGUCUUCACAUCUGGAACAACGGAUAUUCAUUCCUGGUUGAGUUUGAUGAUUCUACUGAUAGAUCGAUAAUCGUUGGAGGUCCCUUGGAAAACCAGUACAGGCUGAAGCAGUUCCACUUCCACUGGGGAGCCAUAAAUGAGUGGGGUUCAGAGCACACCGUUGACAGUAAAUUUUACCCGGCAGAGUUGCAUUUAGUACACUGGAAUGCUGUUGUGUACCCGACUUUUGAAGAAGCUGUAAUGGAAGGUAACGGCUUGGCUGUUAUUGGAGUGUUUCUAAAGCUGGGAGCACAUCAUGAAGGGCUGCAGACACUGGUUGAUGCCUUGCCGGCAGUUAAACACAAGGACACUGUUAUCGAGUUUGAUGUCUUUGAUCCCUCCUGUUUGAUACCUUCAUGCCCUGAUUAUUGGACCUACGCAGGCUCUCUGACUACUCCCCCUCUUACCGAAUCGGUCACAUGGAUUAUCAAGAAGAAGCCAAUAGAGGUUGAUGAAAAUCAGGUACUGAACGAGUGGUGGGUGGCUCCGAGUCCUUCACAUGCCAUUCUGAUGGUGAGAGAUAGACUGGAGGCAUUUCGGAUGCUGCUCUUUACUUCAGAUGGUGAAGAAGAAAAGAGAAUGGUAGACAACUUUCGCCCUCUUCAGCCGUUAAUGAAUCGCACCGUCCGUUCAUCCUUCCAAAGCAGGCAUCUCUUGAACACUGAAGUACAGCCCGCGGACCAUGCUGAGCUGAUCAGGCCAUAGAUGGCCCAUGAAAUGUCAGCCCAGACUGCAAUACCUGCGUAUAACUGAUGUCAUUUUUCAAUCACUUUCUUUUUUCUGCAGCGUGUGUAUGCUGUACAGUUUCACAGCCAGCCAGUUUCAGUUCUAAGUGCCAUUUGACCUUCAGUAGAGAGGCUGUGGGUUUCUUAGUUUUGCCUCUUUUAAGAAGUAAAUAAUAUUAACCCUUAACAAAUUGACUUGCUUUAAAGCAGGGACUGAUAAGGAAUUAUUUUGAUAGCUAAAGGAAAAAUAAGGGCAGGAGAUCUCUUCCCCUGCCUCUUGUCUGAAUUGUUCUGUGUCUCUUCCAAUGCUCUUCCAGUGACUUGCAUGAAUUAAUAAUCCCAACUACAAACAUGUUAGCAAGCAGGAAGUGUGAAGAAAUGAAAGUGUUAAUACUGAUCAGAUCAGAUUGUUUCAGAGGCUUGGGAAGAGAACUAGCUUCUCUGCUCACAUAUAGAGUCACUUUGUCUUCUUCCCUUUUUCUUGGUGCUCAGGAUGACAAGAGGAGAAGGAAAAAAUGACUUACAGAAUCUAAUUCCCAUUCUAUUGACUGUGUGAUCCAUGUUUGGUUCGGAUGCCACAGAAUGUCCACUCUAUCUACACCACGAGCCAGAUGACUUUUUCUAAAACCUUAUAACAAGUGUAGAAGCUUUAGCUUUGGCAGCUUUUACUUUUCUGUUUUAAUAAUGUGCCAGGAGAAGAGAGCAGAAGAGAAUUCACCAGUGUCUCAAGACUGGCAAGAGCAGCAAAUCAGGCGAAAAUGCCCAGUUGAUCCCAGGAAAUUGAUCACAUCAGAGGAAAGCAAAUUAGGUAAGGCUCAGCUGACGCUCCCAGUGGGGUUUGGCGGAGGAACCCAAACAAUUUCUGAAACCUAAUCCAGUGCUAGGAGAGCACGGACAAAAUGCAGCAUUCAGAUAUUCAGAUACUUGAAAGGUUUUUUCCAGUAACUCACAGAGCACCAGUGCACUCUCUUCAAAGUUUUGCCUUAAGAUGUACUUUUCUUAUAAAAAGAGUUAUCUAGCUUGAUGAUAACUGGGGACCAGAUUGUAUUUAUAGCACCUUAUGGUAAGGGAGUUCAGUGGUGGUUGAAAUUUCUUUGUGGGCCAGACAAACUUGUUGUGUAAGCUGCCAGCUGUGGAGCCUUAGCCUAGCGUUACGGUCCAAUUCCCACUAGUAUUAUCUACCUCUGAAGUAUACUACUAGCCAUCAUUUUCUCUCAAGCACCUUUCUCACUGACUUUUUAUGCUUUACUGGAUUUAACAGUGUGCCGGUGCAUGAAAUUCAUGUACCAAAUGUACACAUUUUCUGAUGAGGAGCAGGUCUGUCUGUAAACUAGUGAUGUGAUCUUGAUUGAUUGCAUCUGAGGAGCCUUCUUGGAGAACAGAUGUUACUUGGUCUGCUUCUGCCAGUAAGCAAACUCACUGGUUGCUGGUGUGAUUCAGCACGCGUGAGGCCAGGACACUAGCUUGUCAAUGCUAGAUUCAGAACUUUAGAAUCAAUACUUUGGUUUUUUAAGUCCAAGUUUUCAGUUUAAACGCACUUUAACACUAUUUAGUGUGACCGUGAUGAUUUGAAGGCUUUUGAAUAUUUGUGUUUAACCAACUCAGUGCCCAGGUCCUGCCUUUGCCUCCUGAAUAGCUCUACCUCAGCCUGUUGUUAGGUUGUGCCUUUCUCCCUUGGCAAUUUGAAAUGUGGCCACUUAACUGUAGAAUGAUGUGGUAAAUACAAGAAAAAUCUCACUUCUACCCCAAUGUAGUGUACUUAUUUUUACUGUGUAGGAUAUUCAGUGUGGCAGAAUAUAUCUUCAGUUUCAUUACCCCCCCCAAGCCGUUACCGCUCAGUUGAACUUUACCGCCUUGGUUGAGCUCUGUAGAACUAUACCCGCUGUACUGGCUUGGUUGAACGAUACCGUCUCAGUUGAACUAUGCAGUGUUUGGUAUCAUGAGAUGGACCUUUUACUUUAUUCCUGGUCUGCAGAAUCACAUCAGUGAUGGUUUUGCCAGCAAACGAUGGGUCCCAAAAUAAUUUUGGAAGGGACACCCACAGUUCUGGCUAAAGGGAAAGAAUUCUUUUGCUUUCAGCGUGAGCAUACUGGGUCUAGUAAUUGUGAAGCUUGAGGUUUUCAUUCAGUGGUGGUCUCGCAAAUGCUUUUCUGAGGAGGACCCUGUAGAAAGACGGCUGUGAUUCAGAACUGGCAUGUAUCUUGUCUAUCUCUGAGAUUUUUGCUACUUGUUAUUAGUAGUUAGGAAAAACUGUAAUAUAAAGACAUCUUAAUGUUGCCUUCACAUCUAAAAAUACAGGUGACUUGGUAGCACUCACCUAGCUACAGGUAGCCUGCAUCAGUAUCCCUAUUGUACACCAAUGGGUCCUCUAAAAAGCUUCAUGAAAUUCCUCAACGUUUUUUAGUUGCCUUGGCAAUUUUCACCAAGUUUUUGUGCACCUCUGAUCCACUGAGCUUGUCCCACUAGUUAGCUUGUCUCACUAGCUAAUACAGCUUUCCUAGCAUAUGCAAAUACAAAAUACAGGUUUUGUUCUUAGGGAACUACCGUGGUGUAAAUGUUUCUAAUCUUCAGAGGCUUCAUAAGGCAGUAGUACGCUCGUACCCAACUGAGUUCUCAAGGGUUAGGUUUGCUCCACGGAACCAAAUUUCCUUCCUUGGCGUGUAAAUCUUUUUACCACACUCAGCACCAUGCAUCCCUUAGAGAUGAUGCUGAAUAUUCUAUUUUCAGUGACCUGUUUAAAAAUCUCAUAGAGGUUUACUGUUAAAGUGUUGUCAUGGAAGUUCUGUUAGAGAAUAGGUGUAUUAUCCAGUCACGUAGUUAAUAAGCUAUACUCCAUGCACACUUAGUCACAUCUAAGUAUACUGACAUAAAAUUAACCAAUUUCAAUUUCAGCACUGAUCAUUUCAAAUAUCUGCAAACAGGGUCAACGUAGAAAAAGUUAACUACUGUGCUACAAAAACAAGCUUUACAGGGAUUUUCUGUUACAGUUAUUUUGCUGGUUUUGAGUCUUGCAUUUACGUGUUAGUGUUGUAGCAUCCUGGUUAAGGUAGGCAGUAUCUCAGUUGCAGGGGAUGUUGUUGUUGGAACUGGCAGCCUGGAAAUGAACAGAAAGGGGGUUUUGGUGUUUUUUCUUUUUUUCAACGUCUAUGUUACAAUGACUGUAUUGGCCUUGCAAAAGCUAACUUAAAGAAAAAUAAUUCUCUGUGCCUGCACAUGUAUGUAAAAUGGGAGAUGGGAUACAAUUCCUUCGCCUUAUUCUCUCAGUUGUGGGGGAGGGAAUGAUUUGAUUUGAUGGUUGGACCAGAGCUAAUAUUUGUAAUGAUUUUGCACAACUAAGUUAAUCUCUAUUUGAAAGGUGUCUGUGCAGGAAACUUUAGGCUCUUUUAGAUGGUACAAUACAAAAGGGUCAAAGCCCACGUUUGCAUACACAUAGUAGUCACUUCCGUUACUUUGUACUGUACUGGGAGGCGUUCCUGUGGUGAUAAGUACUAGGGAUUAGAGACUGUAAUAGAAAUAAUGUUGAGGACAGCUUAUUGAAAUGGGAGUAGAAGGUUCUUGAGCGUGGAUCUGCAUCCAUGUUGGUCUGGCUUCCAACUGCCUUUCAAUAUUUCUACUAAAGAUCGCUCCUCUCAGAAGUCUUCACCAUUGGAACGACUUCAUUUGGCGUUUGAAUGUUUGAUCCAUAUUCCUACAUUCCAGAACUUUCACAGCAGUGCGCUUCAGGUGUACGCCAUGACGUAUACCUGCCCAGUCUGUUGUCUUCUGUCAUGGAUGGCUUGUGUUGCUAUUUUUUUACCGCAAGUCUGACAGGAGUGUAUCUUUUGGCUUUGAAAGCUAUAGAAAUGGAGACUGCUUUGAUUUCACAAAAAUCUACUGGCUUUUGGAGUACUGGAAUUCUACACAGCUUACUUUGGAGGAAGGGUCCCUUUUUUCUGCUCAAUUUCAUAGUCUGUUGUAUUUGCUUUAAAAAUUGAAUGCCUUAAUUUUGAAUGUCUUGUAUUUCUUGGCACAUCUUUGCUUUUUUCUUUGUGCAUCUUGUUUUUGUGGCAGUUAUUACCUUGUGUAUUUUCAUGUAUGUUAUCUGCCUAAUCAUAAUUUACUGAAGUAAUUGUUCUUGCAGGCAAUAUGUGUAACAGGGAAAGCCUUUUGUUCUGUUAGGAUACGGGCCUUUUCCUUUGGUUUUCACCUGAUGUAAAGAAACUUCUAGCUGCUGUAUUUUAAACCAUUCAAAUUAGUGUGCGACUAUGUAAUAAAGAAACACAGAGAAACCUG